GCUGCGCGGCGCGGGCUUCUGGCGUCACUUCCACCACUGCGAUGGCGGCCCAGGGAGCAGCUGCGGCGGUUGCGGCGGCAGCUCCAGGGGUCGCGGGGGAGGGCGAGCCCGGUGCCGGCGAGAAUGCAGCGGUCGACGGGGUCGCCGGGUCUCCGGGCCGCGUCUCUCCGCCGACCCCUGCGCGUGGCGAGCCAGAAGUCACGGUGGAGAUAGGAGAGACGUACCUGUGCCGGCGUCCGGAUAGCACCUGGCAUUCUGCUGAAGUGAUCCAGUCUCGAGUGAAUGAUCAGGAAGGCCGAGAGGAAUUCUAUGUACACUACGUGGGCUUUAACCGGCGACUGGAUGAAUGGGUAGACAAGAACCGGCUGGCACUGACCAAGACAGUGAAGGAUGCUGUGCAGAAGAACUCAGAGAAGUACCUGAGUGAGCUGGCUGAGCAACCUGAGCGCAAGAUCACUCGCAACCAAAAGCGCAAGCAUGAUGAGAUCAACCAUGUACAGAAGACCUAUGCAGAGAUGGACCCCACAACAGCGGCUUUGGAGAAAGAACAUGAGGCGAUCACCAAGGUGAAGUAUGUGGACAAGAUCCACAUUGGGAACUAUGAAAUUGAUGCCUGGUACUUCUCACCAUUCCCGGAAGACUAUGGGAAACAGCCCAAGCUCUGGCUCUGCGAGUACUGCCUCAAGUACAUGAAAUACGAGAAGAGCUACCGCUUCCACCUGGGCCAGUGUCAGUGGCGGCAGCCCCCAGGAAAGGAGAUCUAUCGCAAGAGCAACAUCUCUGUGUACGAGGUGGAUGGCAAAGACCACAAGAUUUACUGUCAGAACCUGUGUCUGCUGGCCAAGCUUUUCCUGGACCACAAAACAUUGUACUUUGACGUGGAGCCUUUCGUCUUUUACAUCUUAACUGAGGUGGACAGGCAAGGGGCUCACAUCGUCGGCUACUUCUCUAAGGAGAAGGAGUCUCCAGAUGGGAACAACGUGGCCUGCAUCCUGACCCUGCCCCCCUACCAACGCCGUGGCUAUGGAAAGUUCCUUAUUGCUUUCAGUUAUGAGCUAUCCAAGCUAGAGAGCACAGUAGGCUCCCCUGAGAAGCCACUGUCUGACCUGGGCAAACUCAGCUACCGCAGCUACUGGUCUUGGGUCCUGCUAGAGAUUCUGCGAGACUUCCGUGGCACACUGUCUAUCAAAGACCUUAGCCAGAUGACCAGUAUUACCCAGAAUGACAUCAUCAGCACCCUACAGUCCCUCAACAUGGUCAAGUACUGGAAAGGCCAACAUGUCAUCUGUGUCACACCCAAGCUGGUAGAGGAACACCUCAAAAGUGCUCAGUAUAAGAAACCACCUAUAACAGUUGACUCUGUCUGCCUCAAGUGGGCACCCCCCAAGCACAAGCAAGUCAAAUUCUCCAAGAAAUGAGUGGCCUGUACCCCUGCUGCUAGACCUGCACCUCCUUGCCCCUUAGCCUGUAAAUAUGUACAAACCUGUUUCGUCAUUUUUUAAAUAAAGUAAGUUCUCCUGGUGGCUCUGGACUUCAGAGGUGGGAGGAAGAGGCCAAGA